AACGGCUCUUCAUUCCCGUUUCUGCUAAUUCCUUAGAUCCCAACAACAACUCCCUGAUGUUUCUUGCGGUCUAAUCCAGAAUUUGUCUGUUUGGUUACUCGAGAAACCAUUGUUGGGGGGACUUGAUGCAGUGAAAUUGGUUGAUGUGGUUGUUCCUUUUCUUUAUGGGAGAGGGGAUAAUGAUAUGUGAAUUUGAUUAGCUUGAUAGGAGUUGAAUGGUGGGCGAAGUUCGACUAGUUUUGCCUUUGGAAUGAAUGAGGUUUGCUUAAUGGUGGAGUUUUGUGCGGCUUAGGAUUGUGGGUUUCAGUAAAUUUUCGAGCUUGAUUGGAGUAUUCCACAUUUUUCCAGUUAAUGGUUUUGAUUGAUGGCAAGUGGACUGGAUUUUUGAAUGUGGUGUUCUCCCAUAACGUUUGACCUUCCAUCUUGUAGGAACUCGGGUUCAAUCAGUCAACUUCUUCUUUCCGCACAAUCCACGAUGUAUUUUGAUGGAUAUGGGUAUCACGGGACGUCCUUUGAGCAGACCUACCGAUGUUACCCUGCCUCGUUCAUUGAGAAGGUUUUUACUCUUGUAUUUCUUCACAUUGUUGCAGUUAUAAUGCCUCCUUCAGCACUUGAUCGCCUCGCAUCCCUGCAUAUCGAUUAUCCUAUGCUGUUUGAGCUACAAAAUGAUGCUGCUGACAGAGUCUCUCACUGUGGUGUUCUUGAGUUCAUCGCUGAGGAAGGCAUGAUCUACAUGCCAUACUGGAUGAUGGAGAAUCUGCUCUUGCAAGAGGGAGAUAUAGUGCGAUUGAAGAAUGUGACCCUUCCUAAGGGAAAAUAUGUCAAGUUGCAACCUCACACAAAGGACUUCCUAGAUAUUACCAACCCUAAAGCUAUCCUAGAGACGACAUUAAGGAACUAUUCCUGCUUAACAACUGGUGACAGUAUUAUGGUGGCAUAUAACAACAAGAAGUAUUACAUAGAUAUCAUAGAAACAAAGCCUUCAAAUGCAAUAACUAUCAUCGAGACUGAUUGUGAGGUAGAUUUCGCACCUCCCCUUGAUUACAAGGAGCCUGAGAGAAAGCCUGCUGCAUCUGCUCUUUCGAGCAAGGCUCCAUCUCAAGUUGAAGAGGCUCCAGAAGAGAAUAUACCAAAAUUCAAUCCCUUCACAGGAGCAGGGAGACGUUUAGAUGGUAAACCGUUGCCGUACCAGCCUGCUCCAGUGUCUGCACCUUCUUCAUCCAAUGGCAAAAGUCCUGUUGCAGCCAAUGGUAGCGGGCAGUCAUCUGCUGCUGCUGCUGCUGCUGCUGGCUCCAGCUCACAAAAUGCUUCUCGCCAGGCCCAGGGAAAACUCGUGUUUGGAGCAAACGCCAACCGUGCUCCUACCAAGGGAACACAGAAGGAAGCUGCAAAAGAGCCGAAACAAGAGCAGCCAGAGAAGAAAGAUGAACCGAAGUUCCAGCCGUUCUCAGGGAAGAAGUACUCAUUGAGGGGUUGAUUAUUUAUUCACCAACACAGUCAAUGCCCUAAGAGUUAUGUUCUGUUGCUACUUGGGAGUAUCAUAAAAAAGCAGUAAAAUUUAUGUGGAUUCAGUUUCACUGGGUUGUUGUAUCAUGAAAAGUACAUUAACUAUUAGUUAUGUUAUGAUAAUGGGAAUGUGUUAGGGUUCCUAUUUGAAGUGAUUAUGCGAAGCUUGCAAGCCUCUACCUUGCUGCAAAAGCCGCGUUUGGUUUUCGUACUUACUCAAUCGGAGAUACUAGUUUCCUUUCUAUAUGCCGGAAAUGUUGAUGAAAUAAUGUUUAGUGUCACUAUUGUGGUUCAACAAGUAA